UUAUGUUUGGGCUUUUGAACUGCCGACGCUGCCGUCGCGUGGAGCGGGCUAUCGUCGGCGAAUUGACAUCGCGGACGUGGGCGACCAGAUCGAGCUGCGGGAAUGGCGGAGGGGCACAGGCUGUGGGGGCACCUGCCGCUGCUGGUCCAGUCGAGCUCUAAGGAGUCGGUGGAGUACAUACUGCAGGCGCUGUGGCGGACUCGGAAGACCGGUCUCGACGCCGCCGACCGCGCCAUCAUCCGCGACAUGCUCCAUCUGCCCUCCGACUCCGACCUGGACCCUCUUUUGGUAUGUCUUCGUAUGUUAAUUCGAAGGUGUGUCUAUGAAAACAUAUCAAAGGAUGAGAUACAGAAGUUGUUUCCACCAGAAGUCCUACCUGAAUUACAAAGAUUACUCACCCUGCUCCUGCAGAAGUUUCAACGAGAAUGGCACGAAGAUGUACUCAAAGAUCAGGUUUCUUUGCCUCGCCUGAAGGCAAUGACAUGUAAUGUGGUAAAUCAAAAUCAAGAUUCUGUGGAGCAUGUUGCUGUUAUGAAUCUGAAGAUAAAUUAUGCUAAUACUUUCGGAGUGGAUAUCUUGCAGCUCCAAGGUGAUACACAGUCUUCAUCAGGUGAAACACAGGUUAAAUUCCAAUUGGCAAGAGAUACCCUCGAGACGAUGUUGAAGUCUAUGUACUUCAUAAGAGAUCAAAUGUCCAGUGGGGAUGCUACCUCUAAUGGACCUGGGCAAGAACAGGGAGCAGCCGAAACAGCCUUAACAUAAAAUCUUGGGAUGCCUCGCCUAUGUAUUAUAGUUUUCUUUCUUUGCUCAACACUGACAUAAUAUUUUGUGUUCUUAUUCUUCUCAAUCCUGUGACUCUGGAAUUUUGAAGCUACUUAGCAACCCUUUUGUUUCCCAACUAAACUCAUCCAACUGUAUGUAUAUGUGUGUAGCAUGGGGGCAAAUACUGUCAAUUAGGUUUCAUUUUCAGAAUGUGUUUAGAUCAUUUUCAAUUUAUUCUAGAAGCAAAACAUCUUAUUCUUU